AUGCAAAGCUGCGCCAAGUCCUGGGGGAUCUUCUUGGCCAAGUCGGUGAAUCCCAGCGCACCGUGCAGGCAUCUGAGUGACAAGAGCCGCGUGGUUUGGAAACUUCAGUGCAGGAUCCGAAACAGCAGGGCAUCCCUAACAACAGCAACCCGGGCUCUGAGGACGUCUGCAGCCGUCUCCUCCAGGCAGAUAGAGAGAAUAUUACCCAGACAUGAUGAUUUUGCAGAGAGGCACAUCGGUCCAGGUGAGAGGGAGAAGAGAGAAAUGCUGGAUGCUCUUGGACUCGAGUCGAUCGACCAGUUGAUCGAAAACACUGUUCCGAGCUCGAUCCGCAUACAGCGGAGUAUGAAAAUGGAUGAUCCAGUUUGUGAGAAUGAGAUUCUGGAGUCUCUACAGAAGAUUGCAGAGAAGAACAAAGUAUGGAGGUCCUACAUCGGCAUGGGCUACUAUAACUGCUCAGUACCACCGCCCAUCCAGCGCAAUCUCCUGGAGAAUUCAGGCUGGGUGACUCAGUACACCCCUUACCAGCCAGAGGUCUCUCAGGGUCGCUUGGAGUCGCUCCUCAACUACCAGACUAUGAUCUGUGACAUCACAGGCAUGCCUGUGGCAAACGCCUCGUUGCUCGACGAAGGAACGGCUGCUGCUGAGGCCAUGCAGCUCUGCCACAGACAGAACAAAAGAAGAACCUUCUACAUUGACCCACGCUGCCAUCCUCAGACCAUUGCGGUGGUGCAGACCAGAGCCAACUACAUUGGGGUGAAAACUGUGCUGAAGCUGCCUCAUGAGAUGGACUUCAGUGGGAAGGAUGUGAGUGGAGUGCUCUUCCAGUAUCCAGACACUGAUGGCAGGGUGGAAGACUUCACAGCUCUCGUGGACCGAGCACACAAGGGAGGGGCUUUGGCUUGCUGUGCCACAGAUCUGUUGGCCCUCUGUGUGCUGCGUCCCCCUGGGGAGUUUGGUGUUGAUAUCGCACUGGGCAGCUCCCAAAGAUUUGGGGUUCCUCUCUGCUACGGUGGACCCCACGCUGCCUUCUUUGCUGUUAAAGACAACCUGGUCCGGAUGAUGCCUGGAAGAAUGGUUGGAGUCACGAGGGAUGCAGCUGGUAAGGAGGUGUACCGGCUUGCUUUGCAGACCAGAGAGCAGCACAUUCGCAGAGACAAAGCAACCAGCAACAUCUGCACUGCACAGGCUCUGCUGGCCAACAUGGCUGCUAUGUUUGCACUGUAUCAUGGUCCUCAGGGACUCAAACACAUCGCUGAGAGGACACACAAUGCUACUCUGAUCCUUGCUGAAGGUCUGAAGAGAGCAGGACACCGGCUGCACAGUGAGGUGUUCUUUGACACUCUGAAGAUCAGCUGUGGUGUGGCAGCCAAAGACAUCUUUGAGAGAGCUGCUCAGAGGCAGAUAAAUCUGAGAGUGUACACUGAGGGAGUGCUGGGUGUCUCUCUGGAUGAGACAGUGACUGAGAGGGACUUGGAUGACUUGCUCUGGGUCUUUGGCUGUGAAUCUUCGGCUGAGCUGGUCGCUGAGAAGAUGGGUGAGCGGGUGAAGGGGAUCAUGGGAAGUCCUUUCAAGAGGACGAGCAAGUACCUCAUGCACCAGGUCUUUAACAGUUAUCACUCCGAGACCAACAUUGUGCGAUACAUGAAGCGUCUGGAGAACAAGGACAUCUCCCUGGUCCACAGCAUGAUUCCACUGGGCUCCUGCACCAUGAAGCUAAACAGUUCUUCAGAGCUCAUGCCAAUCACCUGGAGGGAGUUUGCCAACAUCCACCCCUUCGUGCCUCUGGAUCAGGCCGAAGGCUACCAGAAGCUCUUCAGACAGCUGGAGAAGGACCUCUGUGAGGUGACCGGCUAUGACAACAUCUCCUUCCAGCCAAACAGUGGUGCUCAGGGAGAAUAUGCUGGCCUGGCUGCCAUAAAAGCCUACCUGAACUCAAAGGGAGAAAGUGCAAGAAGUGUCUGUCUAAUCCCCAAGUCGGCUCAUGGCACCAAUCCAGCGAGCGCUCAGAUGGCUGGCAUGAAGGUUCAGGUGGUGGAGGUGGACAAGGACGGCAACAUCGACCUAGCACACCUGAAGGCCCUGGUGGAUAAACACAAGGCAAGUCUGGCGGCCAUGAUGAUCACCUACCCUUCCACCUUUGGUGUGUUUGAGGAGCAAAUCAGAGACGUGUGUGAUCUUAUUCACCAGAACGGUGGCCAGGUGUACCUGGAUGGCGCCAACAUGAACGCCCAGGUGGGUCUGUGUCGCCCUGGAGAUUAUGGCUCUGAUGUUUCUCAUCUCAACCUGCACAAGACCUUCUGCAUCCCCCAUGGUGGAGGAGGCCCUGGCAUGGGGCCGAUUGGAGUAAAGGCCCACCUUGCCCCCUUCCUACCAAGCCACCCGGUGGUCCCCAUGCAGUCAGUCAACACCGGCAGCUCGCUGGGCACCAUCAGUGCCGCACCCUGGGGCUCCAGCGCCAUUCUGCCAAUCUCCUGGGCUUACAUCAAGAUGAUGGGAUCCAAAGGAUUGGUUCAUGCUACAGAAGUGGCCAUUCUCAAUGCCAACUACAUGGCUAAGAGGCUAGAAAGCCACUAUAAGGUGCUCUUCAGAGGCAGGAAAGGUUUUGUAGCCCAUGAGUUCAUUCUGGAUGUGAGGCCAUUCAAGAAGACUGCUAAUAUUGAAGCUGUCGAUGUGGCCAAGAGGCUGCAAGAUUAUGGUUUCCAUGCACCCACCAUGUCGUGGCCGGUAGCUGGCACCCUUAUGAUUGAGCCCACAGAGUCAGAGGACAAGGCUGAGAUGGACCGGUUCUGUGACGCACUGCUCGGUAUCCGUCAGGAGAUCGCAGAUAUCGAGGAGGGAAGGAUGGACUCCCGCAUCAACCCGCUCAAGAUGGCUCCUCACUCUCUGGCCUGCAUCUCAUCCUCCAACUGGGACAGACCAUACUCCAGGGAGCAUGCUGCUUUCCCCUUGCCCUACAUAAGGCCUGAGACCAAAUUCUGGCCGAGCAUCUCCAGGAUUGAUGACAUCUAUGGCGACCAGCACCUCGUGUGCACCUGCCCACCCAUGGAGUCCUACGAGUCUCCAUACGAAGAGAAGAGAGCCUCCUCAUAGAUGCUCCCUGUAGUCCAGCCCCAAUGUCCUGACCUUUUAAGCUCAAAAACCUCACAGACUUGACGCUGGUUUUCAGGAGGGUAGAAUGGUUGAGAACAAUAAAUCACAUUAGCUGGGCUGAAGCAUUUCUGCUGCCAGUGAAAUGUGAUGCUCAUAUUUCAAGCAGCAGUUUAAUAAAAUUGAGUGGGGUCUCUCAAUUUUAGUGCAAGUGAUCAAAUUAGGUAAAACAAAUAGAUACUGUCAGGCUCUUCAUGGGACAAAACACUAGACAGGUCUUUGCUACUGCUCUAUCAAAGUUUGUUUUUGAUGAUUUCAGACAUUCCCUGUUUUUAAUGUUGCAAUAGUUAAUUCCCUCAAGCAGCGCCUGCAGCAUUGCAAAAAGUAGAUUUCACAAUGGAAAGUCCCCGAGCUCCGUCAGACUUACAAUUACAAAUGGGUGUCUGUGAGGUGGACAUUGGGACUGGGCUUCUUACUGGGAUCAUGGGGGGACCCCCCGCCCCCCCAACUCAAACUCUUACCAUGGACCAAAGGUGCAUCUUUUGCUUUUCCAGGUCGCUAAAAUAAGUGCACCCUUCAACAUUUAAGCCGCUCCAUAACGCACCUCUGAAAUACUGUAUUAUAAGUUAAGUACAGUUAAGUUUCUAGACUCCCACCAUCUAUAAAAAAUACCCUUGGUGCCUCAGUUUCUGUUGUAAAAUAGCUGCCUUGACUUUCCUUUCCCCCUAAAUACCUGACAAAACGUAGGAGCUAGUUUAUUAUAGGCUUUUUUUUGUUAAUAUCCAUGUGUUGUAUGAAAAUAUCUUAAUGUGACAUUUCUUGACAGUAGGUGAGGACAGUGUUAAUUUUAAAAGUAAUUGUUUUUUUAAUCUAAAUUGAUGUCUGUAGAAAAAGAUGUCUAUUAAACAUGUUUGUCUUUAAACAUAACAGAACACACACUUAGUCUUAUUUUAGGCAACACUGCCACCAAGUGGUGACUGGAACACUUUGCUCUUGACGUAUUGAUACUGAUACAAUGGAUCACAAAAUGUAGAGAAGC